AGAUUUACGUCGUACCAUGAAAGGGUGCUCCAUCGACGGAAUAAGAGCAUUAGCUUACUGUUAAUCGCAAUCUUUCCUUGCAACGCAGAAGCGCCUUACUUCCAGUUUCUGCACUCCAGCGCGCUCGACUAUCAAUGGCAAGAAACAUGUUGACAGAAAAUGAAAAGACAACGAUUCGGGCAAGGGCAACAGAAACACUGAUAGCUUUAGAACUUGACGCCAGUCGAGACCCCCAAGCGUCUUCAUGGCUGAACAAAGCUCUCCCCGCAUCGCGAUCUGAGCGAUGCCAGUAUUUUGAUACUGAAGGAUUUUUGCACAAUCCAGCAUUUGCCACAGACUCGGAAUGUGCUGCAAUGAAAGAACAAAUGAGAGACUUGGUGGAAUCGUGGGAUCCGUCGCAAGCCCUGGACUCAUUCGGGACCGACGAUAAGCAGAAUUCCAAAAGAGGCGACUAUUUCCUAGAUUCUGCAGACCAAGUGCAUCAUUUUGUUGAGCCCGACUCUCUAGACGAAGAUGGGUUGCGCCUGAAGCCGGAGAAUCAAUCGGACAAACUCACUGCUCUCAACAAAUCAGGUCACGCCCUGCAUUUGAUGCCAGGGGCAUUUCACGACUACUGUACAUCCGAAAAGGUUCGGUCGCUUGUUACCGAGAUGGGAUGGAAGGAUCCGGUCGUGCCGCAGAGUAUGUACAUUUUCAAGCAAGCGCGAACGGGGGGAGUGGUCAAUUCACACCAGGACAGCACGUUUUUGUUCACGACUCCUCGACAGUCCUGUCUCGGUCUGUGGCUGGCUUUGGACGAUGCAACACUAGACAAUGGGUGUCUAUGGGUUCGACCUAAAUCGCAUAACGAGGCCACUCGGAGACAGUAUAAACGCAACACCAAAUACUUUGGCUUGGACACUGAUUGGGAAGGUGCUGUUCCCGCAAACGGCUGGCAAGGUUUGCUAGACGAAGGUUUUGUUCCAAUUGAAUGCAGGACUGGCGAUUUGUUAGCCUUUUGUGGCGAACUCGACCAUCUUUCACUUGCAAACCAAAGCAGUCGUCCACGACACACAUUCCAACUUCAUCUGGUCGAAGGUCCAGAGGCGGACGUAAUAUGGUCUCCUUUCAAUUGGCUACAG